AUGUUGGUGAUACUGGUGGCAGUUGUGUCUGCAGUAGCAGCGGAGGAAUCGGCUGUGGACUUGUCACGGCUGCCUGACGGCUUCCUGAUGGGCACAGCCACGUCUGCCUACCAGACAGAGGGCGCCUGGAACGAGGAUGGUAAAGGGGAGAGCAUAUGGGAUAACCUGUUGCACAGGAACCCCAACUACUCCGUUGACUGCAGUAACGGCGAUGUGGCAGCCGACUCGUAUCACAAGUACAGGAGAGACGUCGCCAUGCUCAAGGAAUUGGGGGUGGACGUCUACAGAUUUUCAGUGUCAUGGCCUCGCAUAAUGCCCACUGGCGACCCGACUGAGAUCAACCAAAAGGGCGUCGCCCACUACGAUGCACUCAUCAACCUGCUGCUGGAGAAUGGUAUCACACCCAUGGUGACGAUGUACCACUGGGACCUGCCGCAACGCCUGCAAGACCUAGGUGGAUGGGCCAACCCGAUAAUGGCUUACUACUUCGAGGAGUACGCCAAUGUGCUCUUCACCAAGUUCGGCGACAGGGUGAAGUGGUGGGUGACGAUCAACGAGCCGGAGCACAUCGCGGCGGGCUACGAGCCUUCUCUUUCCGUAUACGUACCCAGCACGGCGCCGGGGCUGCGCGGCCACCCGGGCGUGGGCUCCUACCUGGCGGCCCACACGAUGCUGCUGGCGCACGGCCGCGCCUACCGCCUCUACAACACCACCUUCCGACACCGCCAGCACGGUCGUCUGGGACUGGCACUGAGCGCUGUACACAUACAGCCUGCAUCGGAUGCUCCAGAGGAUGUUGCAGCUGCGCGCCGUCUCUUCCAGUUCCAGGUGGGCUGGUUCGCGCACCCCGUAUAUAGCGCGGAAGGCGACUACCCACCCGUGAUGCGCGAGCGCAUAGACUGCCGCAGUCGGAUGGAGGGUCGCAGGCGGUCGCGUCUGCCCAGCUUCAGCGAACACGAGCGCCAGAUGCUCACAGGCUCUGCAGACUUCAUAGGUGUAAAUGAAUACACAUCAUCACUGGGGAGGUCCAAUGAAUCUGCAGGGGAUGCUGGAGCCAGCAUGGACCUCAACCCACAGUGGCCAACUGCUGCAGCCAAAUGGCUUCAGGUGGUGCCCUGGGGCUUUCGUGAGAUCCUCAACACUCUGGCCAAAGAAUAUCCAGGAUAUCCUAUCUUUGUAACUGAGAAUGGCUAUGCUGACCUUGGUGGCCUCAAUGACACUGAUCGUAUACAUUACAUUGUUAGCUAUAUGUCAGAAAUGCUGAAAGCUAUUUAUGUGGACAAAGUGCCUGUCAUUGGAUACACAUACUGGAGCCUCAUGGACAGUUACGAGUGGGAUAAUGGCUACAGGAUCAAGUUUGGCCUCUACUCGGUGGACUUCAAGCACUCGGACAGGAAGCGGCGUCCUAAGCAAUCUGCACGAGUGAUUGCCACAAUCAUUAAGCACAAGCGUCUGCCACAAUGGCUGAACAUGACUGCUGAAAGCAUAGGCAAAAGUUUGGGUUAAAGAAGUAGUAUUGUGGCUAUAUGAUCACUUCAUCAAAAAAAUAAACUGUGAUAUUCUUUUACAUCUCUACAGAUGUGAAAGUGAGAGCACAACGUUUUACUAUAAUGAGUUGAGAAAUACAUCCAGUCAAAUAUAAAAGAAUUACACAGAUAUGGUGUCAGACCUUUAGGAGCACAAUACAACAAAUUUUGUAUUCAACAUGUAACACAAUCAUAUAUUAUGUAGGUUACACAAAUAUAAACAGCCAUAUAACGAUCCACAAGACUGAUACUAGACAGAGUUCUUUAGACUUUCACAACAUAAUGUAGCACUACAGAUAUAAUAUAAUAGGAGUACAAUACUGCACAUUUUAAAAUGAAGUUUUUAUACUAAUGAUCAGUCUCAUAUCUUUAUCUACACUUCAGUAUAAACUUUAUACCAGUGGCAGUCAACCUGGUCCCUACCGCCCACUAGCAGGCAUUCCAGCUUUCAAGGUGGGCAGUAGAUGGUAGGGGUUUUAAAAACAUUUUCAUUAGGUUUCCAUACAAUCUUACUGCACCUCUGCUUUGUGCAACCAGUGGGCGUUUAGAAAACUUUACUAGUAAAAAUCACAGAAGUUGACUACCCCUGCUUUAUGCACACACAAACAAACACACACAAACAAACAAACAAACCUGAGUAAUAACAACAUCCAACAUGCCACAUUUUUUCACAUUUUCCCUUUCCCAGUAAGUUUCAUAGUUCUGAACAUUUAUAAUAAAGUUCAGCCACACAGAACAAGAACUAGAUAUCUGACAAUAUAAUGAAACAUUAGUCACAGCCAACAUCCAUGUCUGUUUUUAAUGUUAUACAGUUAAAAAUUAAUGCAUCCCAUAUAACAAUCUCAUCUGGUAAACAGGGUAUAACAGAGUAAUUUACAGUUUUGUUAGCUACAACACAGUGACAAGCUCAAGAACAUUAAACUCCUUAACAGUGAAUCUACUACUUUUAUUUACAUACAUCUAAUGAAUUUAAACAUUAAAAGAAAAAAGAAAAAAAACACUAACCUUACUGAGGUUUACUUAUCAGUAACUUUUCUUACACUUACUACACAGAACAAAUAUCGACAGGAUGGAGACAGAAAUGCUAGAAUUCCAUAAAGAGGAAGUAAUAAUAGUACAUGACAUCUACAGAUAUACACUGCCAAUAAGUGAAUGAUGAAUAUCUUUCUGUAAAUUAUGGGCUGAUGUUCAUAUUAAACUACUUGCUUUCAUGUGUUGACAACCAGCCUCAUAAUUUUCAGAUAGAUAAAAGAUGCCCUUAGUUCACAUUUAGUUUGGUGGAGUCAACCCUUAACUACACCUCACCCCGCAGCAUACUGGUGGAAGAGUAGUAAACAAUAAGAAAUUAAGGGUAAAAUUUCAACACACUGCAGUUAUUUAUAUAUGCAGCCAACUGUGAAGAAUAUUUCUUCUCAUACUUCACCUGAAUACUGUCUUCACAGUGGUAAUGAAAAAGGAAAUAGUACAUCCAAACAUAAAGGCAUGGGAACAGUAGAUUCAUUAUUACAUAAGAAACCUUUUCAAAAAUUGUUUACAUUAUUUAAUUAUGCCAAGAGUAGUUAGUGCUAGCUUCUUUGGUGGAAAUGAAUUUCAUGCUGCCAGCAUGCUAUAAAAGUAGAAGUCUUAGGAUACUGAUUCUUAGACUUGCAGCUUCUAUCAAGCACUCUCAAUAUCACACUGCAUAAAUGUGAAAACAUAGCCUGGAAUUGGGAAAAGGAUUGUGACACUCUUUCCCUUACAUAAUAUGUGUCAGCAGCAGUGGUUAUAAUAAUAAUAACAAUAAUAAUAAUAAUACAAACAAACAGUUUAUCAAUUAUCCUAAUUGUGAGAAUUGGUAACCAGAAUGAAACGUAAAGUAUCAUGUUGAAAAUAUUACAUUACACACACACACACACACACACACACACACACACAAAAACAAAAAAGUGACCCACUGAAAACAAGCCAAUAUAUAGUUUUAUGUUGCCUACUCAGUGUUUCAGAAAAUGAAGCAUGCACACUAAUAAUGCUGUAUGGCACAUUUUGACAUUUUGUAGAUUUGUGUGGAAUAAUGUUGUAUACAACAGUCUGCACCGCCUGCUGUAAUAGUUGGCCUGUUUCUCAUCUGAGGGCAGCACUAAACAGCGAGGAGAUUCAUGCAAUGAUGCAUGUUACUAGAAUUGGGGAGUUUAACAAGGUGAUGCUUAGUGCAAGUGGUUUGAAACAUGCAAAUAAUUUGCAGAAAAGGGAAAUGAACAUCAGUACUUUGCAAGAUAUUAAGAGGAAAAGGCUUUGUCAUGCUGGAUUGGAAUAUAAAUCAUGUAAAGGGAAAGUAGCUCCUGUGAAACAGCCUCCAAUGCAGGUGAAUGGAAUAAUGCUGUAUGGGUUUUGUAAAAAGGUUUAUGUCUAUAGGUGCUGAGCCAUAGAUGGGCACAACAAAAAGACUGUCAAGCAAGUAAGCGUUCAGACAAAAAGGACUUAAUCAGAAUUACAGAGCGCACACACACGACUCUCACCUGUGAGUGUGUGUGUGUAUGUGUGUGUAUUUUGUCCAAUUCUGAUGAAGGCCUUUUUGGCUGAAAGCUUGCUUACUUGAUAGUUUUUUUGUUGUGCCUAUCUGCGACUCAGCAUCUCUGAUAUACACUUGUGGCACCUAUUGACCAACUCACAUGUAAUAUCUUUGUUUUGGCAAACUCUUUGCAAGCAGUCUAAGGCUGUGCACAAAACAGUACACACAUGCACCGUGAAUCAAGAACGUAUAUAACCAUAUAUGUGUGCUUCCAAGUAAUAAAAUAGUGUUCAUUACAUAUGGUAGUGUGCAUCAUUGGAUCCGGCAAUCCUACAACACUAAACCAAUACUGGUGACCCUGAAUUUUGUUCAUGAGUGCUACAACGAACUCUUGUACCGUCGAGCUGUACACAAUGGAUCACUUGCUGCCCACUACACUGCACACAUGCCAACUAGGUUUUCCAACGGAUGCUUUGGCAUGGUUUUCCAAUUACCCACCUUGUGUUGGCAAUAGUUCGAUGCAGUGAUCAAACACACCGACUAGCUGUACUCAACAGGACAGUUUUACAGGUGUGUGUGACAGUCCCCUACAGAGUGAUGCAUCUGAUGACUCCCCCUCCUACAGGCAGCCCCCUCGCCUCUCCCCUGUUAGGAUUUAGUGACGUAUCAGGGGCCAGCCUCGGAACGCGUCAUGCCGCUGCGUACGACUCAUGUGGAGAUUCUGUCAACCCGUAUAGGGAAGUGGUAGUUAAUGUCAACACAGAUUUUAUUUGUAGCUCUAAAGUGUUUUUUUUGCUAUGCAGCCAGAUAAUGUGUGUGUCUUCUAUGAACGAGCCAGCUCUCCCAAUGACAACUUAACCCACAUUCAUCUUCUCCAGUCUGUCCCCUUGCCUGUUGGUAGUGAC